CCUACGACCGCUGCACCGACUGGUGCCACCCCGGCUCCUACUCCCUCCCCUACAAUCGCGCCAACUCCACAGCCCACGUCACUGUUCAACAUUACGCUGAUCAACGCCCAGCCUAACGACACGCGAAUGGACUCAAUGAUGAUUUCGGCGAAGGCCCGCUGGACGGGAAUUAUCUUAGCUACUCCAUCGUCAGUACCCUUCAGUGGAACAGACGACCUCACAGGCGGCCGUUUCCUGCCCGAGUUUGGACCUUACUACAGUGCAGUUGACGACAUCAUCAUCUUCUACCGACUCGCAACUUUGUCGCCAGGCGUUCUCGGCUCGGCGGGACCUACAUUCGUUCGAACUCCAUCAUUCCAGCCCUAUGCUGCCACCAUGGAGUUCUCUACGACAUUCUUUGAUGCCAGCGAAGUUACGGAAGACACUAUCCUUCAUGAAAUGGCUCAUGCACUGGGUUUUGGAUUGGUGUGGGAUGAGCUUGGGUGCUACUCUACCACUUGUACUGUUGGAUCGAAUGCCAACGUCUCCUACAUCUGUGACCAAGGCGUGGCUCAGUACAACCAAACCAACUGCCCUGAUGUAGGACUGCCGGAUCUGCUCAUCGAGACCAGCUCAGGCAGUGCGGGGUCGGACUGUGGGCACUGGACUGAAGCUGACUACGACAACGAGCUCAUGACGCCAAUAUCCGAGAUCCCGGAAGUGGACCAGCCCCUGUCUCGGUUCACAAUUGGUGCCAUGUCUGAUAUUUGGGGCCCUGUGAACGUGUUGGAAGCGAACAACUUUACGUGCCCGGGGGUGGGUGCGGCGUCGGUCAUGAGCGGCCCGCAGCAUACGUCGAUACUGCUACGUCCAGUCAACAUCAAGGACGCUCUCAUCCAAGGAGCGGCCAUGGGUGAGACUGUGUAUGAACAUCAGCUCGUGAACUUGACGCCUGCUGAGCGUCAGGAGGUCGUUGACGCUCUGGCAGCGAUGGGGAAGACGGUUGACCAAGCUUCUCCGCAUGAACGUCAAAGCCGCCGCCGUCGAUGAUUUCGGAGGUCUCGACACACCUAUUCGCUACGAAUUACGCUAUAAGAAUAUAGGACGAAAAGACGAGGAUAGAUCGCUCGCAGUUGUUGAAUAUCUCGUGAUAAUGCUUGGUCUCUAGGUACUGCAGCAGCGUGACGUCGACAAUUCUGGGAAUAUAUCGUAUAUUGAAUCCUAGGAUUUCCUCAAGGAUGAUAUGAUAGGACGGGUAUUUAUGGUACUGCAGCGUGGGAGGUUAUUCUGUCGGAAACGCCUGUAAGCUAAAUCUAUGAUUCACAUUCUCUGCCUCUUUGUCAAGGAGCUGUGCCUGUCAGAAGUCUCUCAUCCGUGGCAGUGGAGUGAUAUAAAAUAAGGAAUACUGAAGUACACGAUAGAAAAGAAAGGAUAAGAAAGGAAGGACAAGGUAUGACAGAGAUAUACCUCACAAUCCAAAUUUCGGGGCACUCAUGCAGUCAAACAAAACAAGAUAUGGAUAAUAAAGCACAAGGAAGAUGACGCAAAAGAAGAAAUAUGAAAAUACAACAAUUAAA